CUUUUUCUUUUUUCUUAACACCGCACAAUCGAUAGUCGCGUCCGUUUAUACAAUUUAUUUUAUAGUUCUUGAUAUCAUAAAUUGUGUUAUUUUGUAUUGCGAUGGCGACUCCAGCACCAGAGGGAUUAGAUGUUACGGAUCUUAAGUUCAAGCUGCAAAGCAAAGUUGCGAUUUUCCAAGGCGAUGGAAACGUAACUAAUAGCUGUAACCUAUUAGCGACUGCUAGCGUUUAUGGAUUGAUUUUUGCUGGUACAAAUGGUUCGCAGUUCAAAGUGUUGCAGUUGAAAGAUAUUACCGCAGAACGAGCACUGGAUGUUGCUGUACCAUUACGCACAGUUCCACUUCCGAGUGAGCCGUUUCAAAUGGCGACUAGCUGCGAUCACGAAUUAUUAGCCAUUGAUGUUAUUUCAAAUAAUGUUCCAUUCAUCCACAUAUAUUCGGUGGCUUCGUUCCUCAUGCCGACAGUUAAGAAGUUGUACGAAAUCAGAACAUCACCCGAGGGUGUGAUUAGAAGUACACAACUUUUGUGGAAUCCGGUAAUACAUAAUAUGCUCUCGUUACGCACAGAAAAUGGUGCUUUGUCUGUGUAUACCUUGAAGGAACCCACUGGAAUAGAAUUUCAUUCGUUAGAUAAAAGUGAGGGGGCAAUGUGUGCUUGUUGGAGCCCAAAAGGAAAACAAUUAGUGGUAGGUUUUGCAAAUGGAAAACUUGUCCAAUAUAAACCUGAUCUAAAAUUAGCGCGUACGAUUACAUGUCCAGUUGGUGUCAUAGACGGAGACUUUGAUGUUAUAGCGUUACAAUGGUUAUCCACGUACCAAUUUGCAGCAGUAUUUUUGUCCCGUGCAGAUGAUAGCGUACCAGCACUGUUUAUUGUGAAUGCUCCGAAAAUAGGAAACCCAGUCUUUAUCAACUAUGAUGAUAUUUGCUAUAGCCAAAGUGUACCACGGAAGGGACAAGUUUUUCUGCAACACAUUUUGCCAUGGAAUCUUUUGUUGAUGGCUUCCGCAAAUAGUAUGGAAGUAGGCAUAUUAGGAACAACUGAGAUCGGAGAAACGCCCACAUGGUUCCAGUGGACUACGACAGACGAAUCACGUGCAGAACUACCACUAUCUUCGGAUAAGCAAGAAACUUUCCCGGUUGGACUAACACUCGAAACCGGUUGCACGCAUGUAAUUACCAUUGGCGAGCAGACGUAUCCAGUAAUGCCCAUGAUUCAUAUGCUUUCAACAUAUGGUUUCUUAGUGUCGUUUAAUAUUCUUAAUCUGACUUCGAAUAUUCCAAAUAUAUGUUCCCCACCGAAACCUAUUACAGAUUGUUCCGGGAAAUUUCAACUAAACGACUGCAAAACAAUAAUUCCAGUUGUAAGCGCUGCAAAUUCUGCGCAGAAAUCUAGUGACAUUUCUUUCGCAGUACCUAUGGGAGCAACAUCUACUCCAGCUGUGAUGAAAACCAAAUCUUUCUUUAGUCCUAGUGAGAACAAAUCGCCGAUAAAUCUCUUUGGAGGAGGAUCAAAUAUUGUCUCAACGAAUGCUGUAAUUACUCCUACGUUCGGCAAACAGAUUGCUUUUUCGGCCUCACCUGCAACGCAAAGUGAAGAACCAGUGAAAACAAGUCCUUUCGGAAAUGCAACCAGUUCAUUCACAUUGCCUGCACAAAUAUUUGUCCAACCUCAAACUCAGUCAUCUCUACUGAAAAACAAAGUACCCCAACCAAAACCCUUGGAAACUGCCAAACCAUUGGUAACAGUUUCUCCAACGUACACGCCCCCUCCGACUGGUCAAAUACAACGUGUUGGAUCAAAUGGAAAUCUUUCCCAGCAACCCCAGAAACCAGUUCAGAAGAAAUCGGAAGCAUCUGACGAUACGAACUCCGUCAUUCGUUCAAUGAUUUUUGAGGAGUUAAGGAAGUUCGAGAGAGAACUAUCCAGUUUGAAAGAUCGGUGCAAAUCACUCAACACUACUGUUGGGUCAAAGGGAGAAAGCGCUAACAUCGUAAAAAAUCUUAAAGAACUUCAAGAUCUGAGCGUACAAGCUACCGAGAGCACUGAUUCUCUCACAUCAGAUGUGCAAGCGCUUCGUUUAAGUUUAAACGAGGCAUUUGCAAUGGUAGCCGAAGCCAAUAGUAAAAAUUCAAUUUACAAGCAUCCAAGUCCAAAUCAGUUUCAAGAAACUCAUGCUAUGUCUCAAUCGAGUCGGCGGCAGUUGACAAACCUUCAGAAUAUGUUGGCUAUCAACAAAAAUCAAUUGCAAGUUGUAAACAAACACAUCGAUGCGCAAUGGUCAAUUUUUCAGGAAGCAAACAGGGCCAACUCAAAGCAAAGAAUGCACGUACCUAGUCUGGAGGUCCUCUAUCAAACGUUGUCCAAACAACAGGAAAUUCUCAAUAGACAACGUGAGAAGAUUAGCAUUCUUAAAAGUCGUCUCGGCAUGCGUGAAAGUAUUCGUGGAUUAGAAAAAGGAAAUCGAACAGAUCCGAUCCUAGCUACUGUUGACUCAUUAACUGAUUCGAUUAUUUCGAUGACAAUAGCCGACCAAGUUCGUGAAGAUGCUAGACGAAUGGACGACGCCAAAAUGAAUUCUUUGCGAAAUAUGCUACGAAACAGGAAAAUUAUUACUAUCAAACCAGGUAGACCCGAUCGGGUUGGACUGAACUCAGAGGUUAUUCGCGAGCGACGCAACGAGGUGCAUCGUAUUAAUAUGGAAAAGCAAAAGGUAAAAGCAGAAACAAUUUCAGCACCUAACCUAGCUUCAACUGAUCCGAAAAAAACGGAAAAAGUCAAACCCAAACCGAAAGCAGCCGAACCGGAAGUAAUAUCAACAAUCGUGCCUGGGAAAUCUGCACCAGCGGUAGCUGUUAAAGAAGCAGUUCAAGAAUUUGAAUUCGGGUCUAAGCCCAAUCCGGUAACGCCUACUGCCGUAACAACGGGAGCACGUACAACCCCAGGACCUGUUUUUAAUUUUGGACAAGCAACGCCGAAUUUCGGACAACCCGCAAAGACAAAGGAAGGAUUGCCUAAAGAAACCGUACUUUUUGGAAACACGACAAUAAAACAAAUCCCAGCCAUGUCGAAAAAUACUUUACUUGAUAAAGAAAAUCAGGAACCCUCUUCAAGAAAUACAACGCUUUUCGGUUUUGGAAGUACAACAAUUCAGGCAAUUUCAAAAACUGAAAGUUCUUCACCAGCAACGGAGAAAAAUAAACCGGUGCUAACAUUCGGAUCCAGUUCUAACUCGAAUAACAAACCGGCUACGUUCUCGUUUGGAGCUCCUACAGGAGGUCCACUUAGUUUUGGAUUAUCACAGAAUGCUCCGCCAGCUGCGACUUUGAAUUUUACUAAAGAAAGAGAAUCGGAGCCGAAAAAAGCAGAAAAAUCAAGUGGUGAUGUAAAACCGGAUAAACCAUUUCAUGUAUCUAGUUCAGAAAACAAUGAUGCCGAUAAAGAAGGAGUGAAGGCCGCAUUUCCUGCGAUUACAAAUUUACUGAAAAAUGUGGAUCCUAUUUCAACGAAUAUCUCUAAAGCAUCUAACUUGUUCGGAACCGACACCAAAUCUACUCCGGCUACAAUAUUUGGAGUUUCAACGGCUGCUUCGAGUACAGGAAUUUUUGGUAGCAUCAACAGUACUACUACUCCUUCAUCAAUUUCCUCCACUAGUAGGUUUACGGCAGAGACAGAAGUUUCAACUACCGACGCAACUACUCCUGAAACAUCCGUUAAUACCACUACCGCUACAAGCACAACACCCACUCUUUUCGGAUCGUUCAAAUUACCAACGACAACGAGUUCUGCGACAGUUUUGUCGUUCGGGAACAUCGCAGCUGAAACGAAAGUAACGGACCUAUCCACAAAGAAAGAAGCAGUUUCGAACACGGUAGCAACAUCGCUUGGAUCUUCCUUGGCUACAGUUCCUAUUGAUACAGCUCCAAGUGUAUCGACCGUAGCAUCAACUACGACUACUCCCAGUUUUUCGUUCGGAUCAGUCACAGUACCAGCAGUAGUGUCUUCGAACUCUACAAGCACGACUACCCCAACAACAUCGACCACUGACAUGGCGUCUAAUUUAUUCGGAUCCUUCAAUAUUUGCUCGCCGACGGUAACAACUAGCGCAACGCCGCAAACAGGAAAUAUUUUCGGAAGCACUUCAUUUUCAGCUCCAAAAACUGAAACUACUUCUAUUUUCGGAACUGCUUCCGGCAUCAGCACACCCGCUGUUUUUGGUGCGGCUAGCACUGAUGCUUCUAAAGUUGCAUCCAAUCUUUUCGGUAGCGUUACAGCUGCAAAUAGUGUCGUCAGUACAGCUCCCGAAACAGGACUGUUUGGGUCUGUAGCUGUCGCCAGCAGCACGGGAACGUCAAUUUUCGGCAGCAGUCCAGCCACCACCGGUUCGCCAUUCAGUGCCGGCACACUCGCUUCGACAGGUAGCGGCGGAGGUUUAUUCGGAUCUGUUAACACACAAGCAACUAGUACGCAAGGUUCUAUUUUCGGCGGAACUACAAUCAGUGGUCAACAAUCGGCAUUUGGAUCGGUCACUGUUCCAACGGCAACAACUGCGUCCAGUAUCUUCGGUAGUGCGGGGGCAACAAGCGGUGGACUUUUUGGAUCAGUUGGUGCAGCAUCGACAGCAGGAGGGUCAAUUUUUGGUGGUACAGCUUCCUUCACUAGUCCCAGUGCGAGUACUGGGAACAUAUUUGGCAGCUCUGUUACUGGAUCAACUGGUUUCGGUUCGUCUGCUUUCGGACAGCCAAGCUCACCACAACCGGCACAGUCGAUAUUCGGAGGAGCGGGCACAGCUUCAACUUUCGGAAGUUCUAGCUUUGGAUCCAAUUCAGGGGGUGCAUUCAGUCAACCCGUCAGUGGCACUGUGGCACAAACUGGUUUCGGUUCACCAACGUCGUCCGCUUUCAACAAACCUACAUUUGGAGGUCCGGCAGCUUUUGGUGGAGUGCCUGCUUUCGGUGGUACUCCUACGUUCGGUGGUACGCCGGGAUUCGGUAGUCCACCGGCGUUCGGUAGCAAACCCUCUUUUGGUGUUGCUAGCGGAUUUGGUCAAGCACCGCUGAGUCCCUCUACCCAAUCAAACAAUCUAUUCGAGCAGCUGGGAUCGUCUACUUCGGGAGUUUCCUUCGGUAAUUUAGCUCAGCAACCGACGCAGAAAUCACCACAAUUUGGAGGUUCGUCCUUUUCGAGUUGGCGUUCGUAGAGCUUCGACGAACAGGUAGUGUAUAUUUAAACUGUGUUUUAUGUGUUAUGAUCAUAAUGACAGCUUCAACUGAACGAAACUUUGUUUA